CACUCUACUUCCGCUUCCUCUAAAGUCAGCUGAUUUAAUCGGGUGGCUGUUGACACCGACAUUUCCGAGGCUAGACAACUUAAACAAAAGUAACUUUUAAAGUUGAAAUGACAGUCGUAUAAAGUUUCUUUUGUUUGAAACGGUCCUCUGGCAUCUCUCCGAGUAACUGAAAACUGACAAACUUCUAUUAUAGAAUGGCUUCUUUGCUUUUCUGCGGUCCUAAACUGGCCGCAUGUGGACUGGUCCUGAGCAUUUGGGGUGUCAUUAUGUUGGCAAUGCUGGGGAUUUUUUUCACCACACAUUCAGCUGUGCUCAUAGAGGAUGUACCCUUCACAGAGAAAGACAUGGAGGAUGGGCCAACGGCGCUGCAAAACAUCUAUAAUUUGUACAACCAAGUUGGAUACAAUUGCUUCAUUGCAGCAGCAAUCUACGUUGGCAUUGGAUUCCUGUCAUUUUGUCAAGUUCGCCUGAACAAGCGCAAGGAAUAUCUGGUGCAUUAGUACCACCUAGUGAUUGGAGUAUAACUCUACCUCUAAAUUCCUUUGUUGUCUUUGUAUGUAGUAAUGCUGCAUUUGCCUUAAAAUGAAGCUUUAAAUGAGUGUAGAUAUUUAAGAUUGAAUGAUUAUCUAUUUUACUGUGCUUUUCUUUAUUGCCUUUCUAUCUUGAAGCCUAUCAUAAAAUUAUCAUGUGUGUGCUUAUCCAUUAUGAUUAUGUGGUACCUCCCUAAUUUGCCUUUUAUAGUCCUCUUUUCAUCAGUAGACCAACGAAACAUAAAUAAAAUUAUUUCAUUGCGAUUUUAUUCAGCCUUAACACCUAUCAUACAUUCAGUCUCAUUAAGUAAAUGUUGAAUGGAAUUUUACAUGGUCACACUGGUUCUGUUGUCACAAUAAAUGACUCAAGAUUUUG